GCUGCUCUCGUCAAAGAAAUAAUUCCAUCCAUCCAUCAACCAACCAACAACAACAUCAAAGAUAUAUAAUCUUCAUCAUCACUCUUAAUAACCUACUCACUUAAACUAUAAGUGCCAUCACCAACCAACCAACAAGCAAACAUGAAGUCCGUCUCUAUCCUCUCAUCCCUCCUCCUCGGAGCCGCCUCCGUCUUUGGAGCCCCCGUAACCGAGAGACAAGUCGAAGCUCCGACUGAAUUCGACAUCACCAACUUCAGCGCCAACACCCUGCCCCACGGGACCGGAGCCUUCAUCUCCUUCGAUGUCGCCAUCCCCAACACCUCCGUCUCCACGACAUGUGGGUACUCGGACCAAUCAUCCGUCUCGAAGCUCCCUUCGGUAUCUCUCCGAGCUUGCGAUGACCCAGCCUUCGAGUGGCAGUUCCACCAGGACCCGUCGCAGCCCGGCACCGAGGGCCGCUACCGUGUCGUCGUGACCUAUGCCUACGACAGCCCCAAGAAGGUCGCUGGCUUCCACGAGUGGCCCGCCACCGAGUUCCCCCUGGAGAACUUCGGCUCCACCGUAGCCACCUUCUACCGCGGCGAACCCGACUUCGUCAUCGCCAACGUCUCUUAAAAUCGGAGCCCAGUUGAGGUGUCGAGAAUUAAUCCCUGCUUGUUUCGUUUGAUCACUUUUCUUGAUAGAGUAUAUAUAAGCAUAGACACGCUCAGAUUACAUAUAGAUCUUCAUCUGCUCAGAGCUAAUAAGGGGGUUGUUUUGAAGAGGAAAUCCUAGGGAGUGUUAUUGUUCAAGUUUAGCAUGAGCAAUUAAUAAUAAAUACCUACUCCAUU